GUCUCGCACCAACCCACACCUCUCUCUGUCCAUCCCAGGCUUUAUCCCCUCAUCACUGAUCUCUUCAUCCCUCCAAUCCUCAUCUGUUCCUCACAGGAGGAGCACAGAGUGGAAUAGUGUGACAGCAAAAGUGAAUGAGCGGGAGAAAGUACGACAACUGGACGAGCCGGACCAAGCCUGAUUAACCAUUUAGCCAAAACUUCCUGUGAGGAACUAACCGAGAUACCAAGUCAAAUAGGAGACGUCAGACAAAUCGCCGCAGGGGAGCCAAAGACCAACAAAAACACUGUAUCGGUCUAUUUUCGAGUCUUCCAUCUUCUCUCUUCUCCACUGGUGAGAGCGACUACAAACCAGCACCAUGGGUGAAAUGGAGCAACUGAGGAAGGAGGCGGAUAAUCUUAAAGACCAGAUCACCGCUGCUCGCAAGGCAGUGCAGGACACUACAUUUCAGGAGGCUGCAUCUGCGAUCGCUGUAGUGGGACGUGUCCAAUUGAAAACAAGGAAAACCCUGAGGGGUCAUCUUGCCAAGAUCUAUGCAAUGCACUGGUCCACUGACUCCAAGUUGUGCGUCAGCGCCUCUCAAGAUGGCAAACUCAUCGUGUGGGACACCAUCACCACCAACAAGGUAAAUGCCAUCCCUCUGAAGUCAUCAUGGGUGAUGACCUGUGCCUACGCCCCGUCCGGGAACCUGGUUGCUUGUGGUGGUCUGGACAACAUGUGCUCCAUCUACAACCUUAAAGGAAAAGACGGGAAUGUCAAAGUCAUGCGGGAGCUGGCAGCGCACACAGGUUACCUAUCCUGCUGUCGUUUCAUCAGUGACAGCGAGAUCAUCACCAGCUCUGGAGACUGUACUUGUGUGCUGUGGGACAUCGAGACUGGGACACAGAAGACAGUCUUCGCAGGACACCAGGGUGACUGCAUGUCACUGGCCGUGUCCCCCGACUUCAAAUUUUUCAUCUCAGGCGCUUGUGACUACACGGCCAAGCUGUGGGACAUUCGAGAAGGCCAGUGCAGACAGACCUUCGGAGGCCAUGAGAGUGACAUCAAUGCCAUUGGGUUCUUCCCCAACGGCAACGCAGUGAUAACAGGUUCAGACGACGCCACAUGCAAACUGUACGACCUGAGGGCCGACCAGGAGCUGAUCACCUACCAGGACUCCAGCAUCAUGUGCGGAGUCACCUCUCUGGCCCCCUCCCUGUCAGGCCGCCUGAUCCUGGCUGGCUAUGACGACUUCAACGUCAACAUUUGGGAUUCACUCAAAGCAGAGCGAGUCGGCGUUCUGGCUGGCCACGACAACAGAGUGAGCUGUAUCGGAGUGUCCUCAGACGGGAUGGCGUGCUGCACAGGAUCCUGGGAUAGCUUCCUGAAAAUUUGGAACUGAAGCCUUCCUAUCAUCAGCACCCAUGUUGAGAGCAGCCAACAGAGAGUAAAGAGUAAAAUAACAAUGAGCACAGAGAUGUUUGAUAUGGAGGGAGAAUGUGAUCAUUUAAUCGUGCCAAGUCCUAUCUAAAGUUGGUGGGGAGGUUUAAUGUGAUAGACGUCUCUUUGCGGUGUCACAUUGAGCUCUCACCUUUCUGGUCACUCCAUAGGAAGGAUUUGGGAUGGAAGGGUGAGAAAACGAUCAUUUCUAUCAGCAGCUCCACAAAUUGAGAAUCGUACCGACAACAUGCACAGCGAUUAGAUAGUCACGCCACAAAAUGGUUGCCAAAUGAAAAUGGUAGCACACUGGAUGAGGUAGGAUUGUGUCGUCAUAGCUUCCACAUUAGCUCUCUGCUGUGUUCAAACAAACAAUAAGUGACAUGGAUAAUAUGAGCAUUUUUGUUUGUUUCUAGUUUAGGUUGAUUUCCUGGACUUUCCUCUUUUCAUUUCUAAUUUUAUUUAAAUCUAAGUUCUAGUUUGCAGCUGUUUUACUUAGUGUUUGAGUUGUUUUGUAUGUGAGUGAUGAAUUUGGGGUCUUCCCCCCCGCCCCCCUCCUCUCUCUCCUCCACCCAGUAGCAAGAUCUGGAAAGUGCUAUGAAUCAGCCGUGAGGUGACAGAUGGGCGAAAUCAUGGCUCACCAAGAUAAUUCAUUCAAAUGACCUAUUUUGUAUCAGGACAGAGGUUUGUGUGUGAUUGUUUUAGCAAACACAGCACUUGUGUAAGGACGACCAAAACGUUUCCACCUGUACAUAAACUAUUGUCAGCAACCAUGGACUUCUUCUGUCAAAUGAAUCUUAAUUCGAAAAAUACUCAGCCUCCUUUUCACUGUGCAAAGCAAAGCAAUAACAGAGAUUAUUUAAUAAACUUGGA